CACGGUGCGGACCGAUCGCGCGUAAAACGUUGUCGCUCACGUCGCGUUCGUUUCUCGCGGACGCACGAAGAAACGUUUCUGAAAAGUAGAGGUGCGGCGAGGAGGAAGGACGCGCGCUUCCUCUCGCGCGGGUGGACCGCGACGCGGUCGGAGAAAGAGAAACGAUCGUUGCGCACGAGUCCGCGACGAUCGUGAGAGGAGCGAUCGUGAGAGCCGGAUCGUUCAGAGAACACCUCUUACUUUUCUCGGCGUGGCGACCGCGCGACUAUCGGGGACUCGCUCGCGUCGGAACUCUGUGCGCGGUAAAUCGUGAGUCGUCCGUAUCUUCCGCUCCGAGAAUCCGAGUUUGAAUUAAAUUCAAGGUGCCGCGAGAAGUGUAGAAACAUGUUUCUGGUGAGAAAGUUCUCUGUGGUGUGACGCUGUGUGUAUUUUGGUGCGAACAGGAGCGAGCAGAUCGCUCUUCUUCUUGCUCGAUCGUGAAACUACGUGUCGGAAUUCGCGAGCUCAAACAUAUCGCCGAGAGUGCGAUUCCUCGGGCUAUCAAUCGGAGCGGCAUAACUCUGUAAACAAGUGCGAACAAACCAGACGAAAGCUGCGGGACGGUGAAUAAUCGACGACAGGUGUUGCUCUUGCGCGAUUCUGCGCUUUCGAGAGUGCGUCUGCAAUCGUAAUUCGCGUUAGAUUACGGCACGCGUUCUCCUUUUUUAUCGUCAAUUAUAAUCCCGCUACCAUAAAUUGUUGUUCAAGCCUCUUCAACCGACUCGGAGUACUCGCGAUCGUAAAUCUCGACCGGCUUUGCCAACAACUUCAACGGCGCACAUUCAACAGCGAUUCUCCGCGACCGUCGCAGAUUCUUCGACCAGUUCCACCUGCAAUCUCUCCAGCUGCAUCUCUUCUUCCGUCGAUUUCUUCUGCAGCGAAUCUUUUCCACGUUCUCUCUCGGAUUCUUCCGAUCGCGCUGAGUUUCCACAUUUCUUUUGCCGCGAGUUACACCGCGGUUUUUUCGGAGCAAAGGGAUUUGUUUUGUCCUGAGAAGGAGUGAGAGAUAUUUAUUGGAGCAUCUUGUUGAUACAACUUUACGAGACACAUUUCAAAAUAAAAAGCAAGGGAGAAAUAAUUACAAGAUACUACACGCUUUAAGAUCAUUCUUUUUCAGCGAUUUCAUACACGGAUGUGGCUCAAAAAGAAAUUUUGGAGCUACGUAAGAAAUCACGUCUUGAAAUCGAAUAAGUAUUGAACACGCAAUCACAUCGGAAAAAAUAUAAUAAAAGAGAAAGUAUUUGCAAGUUCAGAGGCACGCGCGAAGCAAUGAUUUUCUCAAACACUGCGCAAUAAGAUACGAUAACUCCACCAUUCAAGUUCAAAGCAUUUCAAGAGACAAGCCAAGAGAAAAGGAGAAAGAACCAUUUAUUACAUUUACGCUUACACGUAAAUGUAAAGAAAAUUUAAUAAGGUGAUAAUUGAGUACACGCACGUGCGAAAAAAAAUUAAUUCUAUGUAUAUAUUAUAAAUAAAACGAAUGUAAAAUACAUAUAAAAAUUAACAAUGUACAUAAAAUAGAAGAGAAUUUCUCGCGAAAGAAGUGUGGCAGUAUGAAGACGCGCACACAUGCACGUGGAAAAACCGCAAGACGAACUUACAUAAAACGUAAAUAAAUGUGAAUUCUUCGCGGAAGAAACAUCUUCGCCGCCACGAAGAGGAUACGACGCGCGAAGAGUCACACGUUCACGGUUCAACGCCUCGCGUAAUCCACGGUGUAUCGGCGCGUAGGGAUAACACAGCCAGCUGAUAUUCGUCUUGUACAUUGUGACGACACGCGAGUUUUCUCUCUCGCUCUCUCCUGGCUGGAGCUCAAUAGUUCGUCUAUAUUUAGCGCGGGUUGAGAGGCAGAGAGGGGACAGAGGGGAGAUAUAUUCCGAAGAGACGAGUCGGCGCGGCGAUCUCUCGAAAGGCCCGUCACUGAAAACCGAUCCGAUCGAGAGAAAGAGAGAGAGAGAGAGAGAGAGGGAUGUAAUCAUUGUUAUUACCGCGACCCUGAAGAUCGCACGCAUCCGAUUCUCUGCUCCGAGGGUGGGAGCGUGUCCUGAGGCGCAUCUCUCCGUGGUGUUGCACAGGACCUUGGCGGCGCACCUCUGACAUCGCUGCAGUCGGCGAUACCAGGGACACCCGAUACGCAAAAAUACGGUGGCAUAGAGAGUCGGAAAGUGAAUUGGAGUCGAUCGAGAGGGAAUCGCCCGCGCGGAGCGAACGUAUCAUGUUAAUCCGAUACGUACAAUAUUAUGAACAAUACGUUACGUGCGAAUAACACACGAGUGUCAACGCGACAGAUAAAAGUGCUCGCGCCAAAUCUCGAUGUCCUUCUAACGCGCAUAAAAAGAAGACAGGGCGUUCACUCACGCUGAUAACAGAAGCGUGCUCGAGUAGCAUGUCGGUUCACGCCGGACUCUCGACGCGAUAUUUGGCUUCGGUGAUAUAAACUGACGUCGUGAACUCUUCAUCACCGUUGAAUUCUUCGUUCCGAAGAAAUUCGAGGAAAUGUGAAGAUAUGAUAACCGCGGAGAAUCCCGAGGAGUCGCCGAAGAGGCGGUCCACGUUCUACGUGUCGUUAGACGGCGGCGAGCAGACGCGACAGCCGAUCGGCAAGCUGACGAAGGGUCACUCGACCGACGGCGAAAAGUUCGCCUGCAACACGUUUCCCAUCGGAAGUACGUCGAAGAUAUCGACGACGCCCGGGUCGUUGACGCGCACGUUGAGCAACAACGACGACCUCUCGUCGAGCGCGAGGAGGAACGCGGACGAGACGUUACCGGAGGUGAGGGGCAAGGUGCAGUCGUUAACGAAAAUCUUCGAGGCGUCCAAGGGCGAGCGGACGCCCGCGACGCCCGGCGGUCAGGCGGAGCAGAGAAAGAAAGUGGAGAGGACGAGAUCCUUCAAGACCAUCGAGCGAUUUCAGCGACUCGCCGGCAGAAAGGAGUCGAGCGGCAGGAAAGACAGUCGCUUGAACAACACCAUCGCCUGCUUCGAAGCGGAGGAUGACGCCGGGUGCAGGAAAAAGUCGGCGAACGUUGACGAGAAACCUGUCGCGACGAGGAUCGUCAUCGAGUCGGCUCCGAAAUCGGCCGGCUCGUCUCGCGAGCACAGGAUCAGUCAUCAAGAAUCCAAGACCAAACAGAACACGACGACUCUCACGAAUCUGUUGAUUCGCAGAACUCACAGCACGAAGCUAGCGAGGAGCAACAGCACUCUGGUGCGAAUCGGAAGACACGCGUCCGUCGAUAGUCCUUGCGCGGUUGAGAAGACGAGCGUUCGCGUGAGCAACGAUCGAAACAAAAACGAGGAAGCCGCGGAGGAUCCUGCUGAUGACGAGUGCGUCUUCGAAGAUGCCGAUAUCGACGGCGGGAUACAUUCAGACACAUCGUACGAGAAAGCUUGUCGAAGGGGUAGCGCACCCGCCACGCCUGUGCUCGGUGCGCGACCCUUGGAUGUCACUCCGAACAGGAUCGUCAACUUCUUCUCGAAACGAUCGUUCCGAUCAAACCCUCUGAAGAGGACAAAAAGCGUAACGAAGCUCGAGCGACAGAAGCAACGGGGCGCCGGUCUUCGGGGUUGUCGUUCGCACGAAUCUCUGCUGUGCGGGCAGGCGGUGACCUCGAUGGACCUCGCGGCGGUGACGCCGUUGCAUCCCAGUCUCCUCGGCAGGCCUCAUUGCUUCCAGGUCACGCCGAGCACCGGCGGACCCAAGUAUUUCAGCUGCAGAACCGCUCACGAACGGGACCAGUGGUUGCACAGCUUAAGGAAAUCCGUUCAGCCAGACGCAGAACAAACACGCCGAACAGACAACUCCCUGCAGAUUUGGUUGCUGGAGGCGAAGGGAGUGCCCGCGAAGAAGCGAUAUUUUUGCGAGGUCUGUCUCGACAGCACUCUGUACGCGCGAACGACCGCCAAAUUGAAAGCUGAUUUGUGCUUCUGGGGCGAGCACUUUGACUUCCACCAUUUGCCCUCCGUCAACACUAUCCAGGUCAACUUGUACAGGGAAGCGGAUAGGAAAAAGAAGAGGGACAAAAACGUUUUAAUCGGUUCUGUCAGUAUACCAGUACACAAUGUGACGUCGCGUUAUCUGACAGAGAAAUGGUAUCCCGUAGUAGGUGACAAGGGACCCCUCAAGGAGCCUCCUGCUUUAAGAGUAAAGUGUCGUUUCCAGUCAGUCGACAUACUGCCGGUUCAAGUGUACCAAGAGUUUCUGGAGUAUCUGAAGACCGAUUAUGCAUCGCUAUGCGAGAAACUAGAACCCGUUAUUGGCGUCAAGGCGAAGGAAGACAUUGCGACUGCCUUGGUGGCAGUGAUGCAACGAGAGAAAAAGGCGCCGCAAUUCCUCGCCGAUCUCGUCAUGAUGGACAUUCAUCGAAUAGAUGACGAGAGACUCACUUUUCGAGGAAAUUCAUUAGCUACAAAGGCAAUGGAAGCCUACUUGAAAUUGACCGGAGACAGAUAUCUACAAGAAACUUUGGGAGCCGUUGUGAGAGGCGCGGUCGAAGGCGGCGAUUGCGAAGUGGAUCCACUCAAGGUCGCUUCCGUCGCCGCGUUACACAAACAGCAACAGAACCUUCGCAACGCAGUAGAACUGGCAUGGAGCAGAAUUCUGUCGAGCCACACUCAUUUUCCGCUGGAGUUGCGCGAGUGUUUCCGUAUCUUCCGCGAGCGUCUGGCCGAUUUAGGCCGUGAGGAUAUCGCGGACAAUCUCAUUUCCGCGUCGAUCUUUCUGAGAUUCCUCUGCCCCGCCAUUCUCAGUCCGUCUCUCUUCAACAUUACGCACGAAUAUCCGAACGAGAAAGCGGCGAGGAAUCUCACUUUGGUCGCAAAGACGCUCCAGACGCUUGCGAACUUCACGAGAUUCCAGGGCAAGGAGAACUUCAUGGAAUUCAUGAACGAUCUACUCGAACGUGAAGCUCAAUCUAUGAAGAAAUUCUUACAACUAAUUAGCAGCCCACUGCCAAAGGACGCGCCAGCCAAUAACUCCCUCGAGUUUGACGGUUACAUAGAUUUGGGCAAGCAGUUGUCUUUAUUGCACGCUCUCUUGCAAGAAAGUAUGACAGCGAUAGCGCCGACUUCGCCGUCGAUACCACCGUCGCGAUUACCCGAGAUCCUCGACAGGAUCUCGGUGGCUUUGAAUCAGCCAGGACCAAGUCCCGUGCCCACCGCGCAUCGCUACCCGAAUCUACAGAACAAUAUCUUCCGUUACAACGAUCCGACGAUCGCCAAUAGCAAUACGAAUCUCUCCAUCUCGGCUACGUCGACGCUGAGCAACCACAGUACGAUAAAUGGCACAAUCAGAGACAGCAACGAGGUGCUGCAAACCAACACGUUGGGCCACAACAGCUCGCGCAGUCCAAAUGUCGCCAGAGCAGCGACUCUACCGCGAAACGCUUAUAUGCCAACGAAUGGCAAACUGCAGUUGCAAAUCAGCUCGGACGAUUAUCCCCUGGAGCCGGCAGCAUUCGUAUCGCGCUCGCCGACACCGAUCACGCGACAGCACAGACCGCUCGGGUCCAAUCGUUCCGGACCGGGCUACAGACUGACGGCCAGUGCGAGCCUGGCGAACGUCAAUCACUGCCAGACUCAUCCGACGAGUCCCACGCGAUCCGAAAGUCACAAUAAUCUGAAAGACUCGAACUACAACAUCACCACGUCUCCGCAAAAUAACCAGUCGAACAACGGUGGCAUUAUCUUGCAGCAGCAACAGCAGCAGCAACAGCAGCAGCAGCAGCAGCAACAACAACAACAACAACAUCGACACAACAUCGCGCGCCUACAGAGUCUCGACAUCCACGAUCGGGAGGAUAAUUACAAUCACAACAAUUACAACGUCUCGAGGUCAGCCAGUCGAAACCACUGCCACAAAGAGGAGAACGCCAAUCAGACGCAGCAGCGUAACUACAACAACGUCUCGAAGACCACGGUGAACGCCAACGUGGUCGUUAAUCCGCCCACGAAUCUCACACUGUCCAUCAAUCAUCAACCCAACAACAACUAUAACACUUCCAAGGCUAACAAUGCGUCUGCCAAUGGCAAUCUCGAUGAGCUGUCCGAUUUGUUAAGAUACGCGGACGACGAGGUGUCGGAGUCCAAGUCGCAGAAGGGCUCGCAAAUCUCCAUCUCGCAACUGAGCAACGUGGCUUCCUCCGGCUAUCAAAGCUUCGCCGCUUACAGUCAAAGUUCCAGCCCGGUGGAUCUCAGCAGCAACAACGCCAACGCGCAUAUUCUCAAUGCGGCACCGCUAGCAUUCGCCAAUCCUGUUUAUCACAUGGAGUCCAAUCAUGCGAGGACGGGCAGACGGGACAGCAGUAGCUCCGAAGAAAGAGAGGGCAGUGGUGGCGGCGGCGUCGACAGCGUGAGAGGCGUUGACCUCAGCCCCUCACCACCGCCCAAAAACAAUGUGCGAAAUCAUCAGAGAAACGGCCAGAAUCAAUGGCGACAGAAUAACCAAGCCCACAGAAACAACUCGGAGCACGCGCAGGACGUCUGUUGCACGAAGCUUCGAAGGAGACUCUCUCUGGACUCCACAAGGGACCUGUCGGACACUAGCGAGGAAGAAAAUUGCACCACCAGAAGGAGCAAGUCUCGCAGUCAUCGAAGCAUUGAUCAGUACGAAGUGGAAAUGUAUGAAGUGGAGAGGCUGCAGAAUAGCGUAGAUCGGCUGCGAAUGCGCACGCGAUUAGGCGCCACCGAAGAUGCCGAUUUAGACCUCGCACCCGACAACAACAUGAAGAGCAUCAUUUCCAGGUUAAUCUCCGUGGAGGAGGAGCUACGUCGCGAGCAGCAGAAGAUGUCGGCGGCGUUGUCGUACAAGCAGCGCGUGAUUGACGCGCAGGAACAGCAAAUAGCCGCUCUGGGCGCCGCGAAUUCGCGUCUCAUGUCGACGAACGCGAGCCUGCUGUCGGCGCUGAGUAAGCAACGCUACAAUGCCAAGACUCAAGCGAGCGGUGAGGCCGCACCCCUGUUGCAGAAUAUCGCUGAUAUCGGUGAACUCAAGAGCUCGUCGUGCUAAGCAUUGGGAAUCGUCGUGAACGAAAGAGAAUCUUUGGAUUGGUUUAAGAUGCGUUUUUUCUUUUUUUUUUCUAAGGCCUCGUGCUGCAAUACGCGUAUCGUAAAUGCGUAUCGAUUAAUAAUGACAUUUAUCUCUUCGGAAUAAUGAUCUUGUAGCAUUUGUACCAUGAUCUAGCGCAUGGUAAAUUGAUUUAUCAUGAGAUAUAAAAAUGCCGAAAGCAACUGAUUACGCGCUCGAAAAUUUGAAACGUACAAGCACGAGUGGAUGAUUGUCCCGGUGUCGACUUAGACUCGCAAAAUCCGAAGAUAUAAAGCAUCAUACUGAAAAGAAAAUACAAGAGAUUACGAUAUAGGAGAAAAUGGCGUGCGCAAAAACAGAGGCUACUUAGUGAAUAGACAGAUCGAGUGAAUAGAUAAUUUUCGUCGAAUUUAUAUGAUGUGACAUAGCGUUAGGCUAGGUUUAUUUGUACGCGAAUAAAAGAAAAUCCGCGACUCGUCCGAGGUCCGACGAUGGAAAUUGUCCUGAUUGUUUAAAUAACGAUCGGAGUCGCGUCAGCGUUGACUAGUCGACAAAAUAUCGCAACUGUGCGUCUCCCGACGGCGACUUUGCUUCGUUCGACACGAACGAAACAAAAGUGGCAAACGAGACGAAAUUCAAUUUUAUCGAAACUGAAAAUCUUUAAUCACCGGUGAGAAGCGAGUUGCAAAUCUUUAUUGAUCGAAUAAAGAAUUAUUUCAAUACAGUUAUUUUUGAACUAAUAAGCGCAUGAAUGGAAGUCAAUAGAAAUGAACUUUAUUGAUCAGAAUAUUUGAUAUGGAGCAUGAAGUAUAUGCACAAAACUCAAUAAAACUUCUAUUUUGUCAUUUAUCAGCGAUAUGUAGAUAAUUGCAAGUUUUAUUAAUUUUUUUAUUUGCUGUGCAGUUAGAAAUCAGAUGACACAAAACGGUAUAUAUUAGUUGCGCGACAAAAGAUCGACGUCCAAUUAAUUAAUAAUUGGACCAUCCGGUUAAGGAUUAUCACAAGUAGCAGGCACUUGGACGGCACACGAACAAACUCUGAUCGACAAAUCAUAUAUUUGUUUUCUCCCUUGUUUCUAGUACCGUAUCUAUCUACGCACAGCCACAUGCACCAUAUAAUAGUUACAGUAUGAUAUCCAAGGAUUAUAAUAUCGAACAUUCGCGCUACACCACGAAAUAUAGAAACAGCAUCCUCGAGCACCGGAUCGUACUGCAGGAUCUCUAUAGACAUAUAUAUAUUUUUCUAGUUUCUUCCCCGAAUAUACAUGGUCUCGACGCAAUUUUCAUUUUUACGCGUUACUUCGGAUCACGAGAAGCCCGCGCGUUGCAGCUGAGGACGAAUGAAUCUAGCCGAAUAGCUCGCGUCAUUUUUCUUUUUUCCACCAUUUAUAAUAUCGAACGAAAAACUGAACAAGCUUCCACGACCAAAAGACGAUAGUCCGUCGAGCGACAGCGCCGAAAAUGGACUUCCAAAGUAAUGUUUCGCGCGCGUCUUCGAAUUUUUUAUCUCGACAAACGCGAGCAGACUCUUAUACGAUUACCUUUGGUUUAGAAUGACCGACUUUAAUCUAAGCGACGAUAUUUAUUUAGUAGUGUUUACCAAAGAAGAAUUUCGCACUGUAAAGAGAGUAUCGAGAUUUAUGUAAGAUAUUUGGUUCUUUUUUUUUUUUACUUUGGCCGUUUCCGGUAAAGACGAUAACAGUUAUCGUCAUGCACGGAAGCGACGCAGCCGGGAACGAUAUUCGAGCGAAGAGCGGCAUGCAAGCGUGACGAAAUUCGGAAAUCAUUCUGCCCGCUUUGCUAUCGUGCUGUCCGCAGACAAAAUUUUCAUACACCGAGAGAUUCCCGAGCCGCGCGCAGUAGUUCUGCACACAAGCAGCGUAUAAUGCAUGACAAUUAAUUAAUUAGAUUUCUCGAAGGUCUCGCUCGUUCACAAAGCGUUAAUGUGUUACGUUUUACAUCACAAUAACAAUUAUUAUUGUAGCCAUUGUCGUACAAUGCGUGUGUGAAAGACUGAGUGAGAAAACGAGCGAGAGAGAACGAAAGAGACGGAGAAAAAGGAUGCGUGAAAGAAAAAGAGAGAAAGAGAGAGUAUGAGAAAGUGUGAAAGUGAGUCCGUGAAAAGGAGUGAGAAAAAUUUAUAAUCAGUCUAAUCUCGUUAAGAAAAAAGUAUUAUCUUGUCGACUUUGUACCAUAGCGUUAUUAUCUUGUGUCUAAGCGUUUGAGUUUCUUGCCUCACGCCAAUUAUUUUUGUAUAGAGAUUGUCCUUCUCCCUCUCCCUUCUUUUCCUCCUCUAUUAUUUUUUUUAUAUUUUCCCAUCUUCCUGUCCCUAACCAUAUUGCGUUCGCGGGAAACCGCCCCCUUAAGAGCCGCUUCCUUCGACUUGUCGAGUGUUUACAUCAUAAAAUUAAUAUAUUAACGCUAUCCCCUUCUUGUUGGACGAUGUAAUCAAUGAAUAUCUAUUUAAAAAAAACCACUUAAAUAGCAUGUACAUUAUUAAGUUUUGGUAUAUUCGUUUCUGCAAUAGACCACCUGUAUUUAAGCGUAUAGCGACUAUUACACUACAUGAACAAAUAAAUACGAUUAGACAUAUUAUAAA